AUGGCCGGGCUGCCCCACAGGAUCAUCAAGGAAACCCAGCAUUUGCUGGCAGAACUAAUUACUAGCUUGAAAGCAGAACCAGAUGAGAGCAGUGCCUGUUAUUUUCAUGUGGUCAUUGCUGGUCCCCAGGACUCUCCCUUUGAUGCAGGGACUUUUAAACUCGAACUAUCCCUUCCAGAAGAAUACCCAAUGGCAGCACCUAAAGUACGUUACAUGACCAAAAUUUAUCAUCCUAAUGUAGACAAGUUGGGAAAAAUAUGUUUAGAUAUUUUGAAAGAUAAGUGGUCCCCAGCACUGCAGAUCCGGACAGUUCUGCUAUCAAUCCAGACUUUGUUAAGAGCUCCUAAUCCAGAUGAUCCAUUAGCAAACGAUGUAGCUGAGCAGUGGAAGAGCAAUGAAGCCCAAGCCAUAGAAACAGCGAGAGCAUGGACAAGGCUCUAUGCCAUGAACAACAUUUAA